CGUACCCCCUUGUAUUGCUGCAAGUGCCUACUCCUCGUACUGCCCGGUCUUCCUGGUUUUCGCAGCCUGUGUUCCCUUCGGCAAGUUUUUCCCGGAAGCACGCAAAGGCGUUUUCCCUGCAGUCUGUUAGACCUCGUGCUGCAAAAUCUCCGGCGGCACGGCUCCUAACUCCCUCUGUGGUGGUUUUUAGUGUUGUUACAUCCACAG